GGCAGUUAUACAACACAACAAUGUCCCAUUGUCUUUGUGUGUGUGUGUGUGUGUGUGUGUGUGUGCGUGCGUGUGUGGAUGUGUGUGUCUGUCAACCAGAGCGGCUGCGGUACACUGCAAGGCACAGGAACCGGGAACCUCAGGAACGCACGUGCAGGCAUUGGAUUUUGGCGAGAAAGAAUUCAGGAACCGCUCGCUGUGAUUGGCGAAAGCUGUUGAGUGCCAGGGUCUUUGCGCAGCAUCAACAGGGGAGGAGAUGAGCAGAGGCCACCCUCUCAUGGACUACGGGGGGAUGGAGGAAACUGGAGAUUGGCCAAGAUUGGCCAGAGGCUUCUAUUUUUCCAUUACCAUGAGAAGAGGACGCCAUCCAUCAGCAAUUUUCCACCGCUUCGAUGUUUGUUUCAU